AUGACGAGGGUCUUAAUGGAGAUUGUCUUCUGUGUAAGGGAAAAGAGGCUAAGUGAUAAUUUCCAUUUUCAUCAACUGCUACAAAUAUUUGUUGUAUCUACAUCAUUAAUUCCUAGACUUAUCAAUGUUUCCUUCGAUAGUCUGCAACCAGAAAUGUGUCCAUUGACACGCAAACAACGAAUGGUUAAAGAGUUCAAUGGAAGAAUGAAAGAAUUUUUGAACCCGCAAGAGAAAAGGCGUGAGACCAAAGAACAGUUGAAUAAUGAAUGUAGUGUUUAA